AUGGCGCCAAAAGGAGGAAAGGGUGGAGGCAAAAAAGCACCUGCAGCUAUCGUCAUAGAUGGAGUAGAUACCUCAGAAAUGACUCGUGAAAAGUUGGAACAAUUCACACUUAGAGUAAAAGAAGAAUUAGACAAAGAAAGAGAAGAGAGAAAUUAUUUUCAACUAGAAAGAGAUAAAAUCCGAACAUUUUGGGAAAUAACGCGCCAGCAACUAGAAGAAGCUAAAGCUGAACUUCGAAACAGAGAACGUGCUACAGAAGAAGCUCAAGAGGAAAACGAAGCGCUUUUAGAAACCGAAAAACAAAAGAUUAAGCAUUUAAAAUAUGAACAGCAAGCAGCGGCGGCUGCUUUAAGAGCUGAAAAUUUAGUUGCCCUAAAAGCUGCAAAAGAAGAACAUACUGAACAGGAAUUAGAGCUUUUGAAUGAUAAAAGAGCACUGCGUCAAGAGAUGCGAGAGAAAGCUUUAGCCGCUCAAGACGAGUUACGUAGAGCGAAGCUUGUUCAUGCUGAGGAACUAUCAAAAGUUAGGGCCGACUUUGAAGAAAGAGCGCGGCAAAUCGAAGACAAAGCUGAGAAAAAGCUUCACGAAACCAAAGUGGAAUUAGCUGUGAAACAUCGUACUGAAAUAACUGAAGUGGAAGAAAGGAAAAAUAAGCAGUUGUCAGAAUUGAUCGCUCAUCACGAUAAAGCAUUUUUUGAUUUGAAAAAUUAUUAUAAUGACAUAACUUUAAAUAACUUGGGACUUAUAAGCAGUUUAAAACAGCAGAUGGAAGAUAUGCAAAAAGUCAAAGAGAGGGCAGAAAAGAUAGCCAGGGACGCUGUGGCCGAGACGAAGAGCCUUCGCGAGCCACUCGAGGCGGCUGUCGCAGAUAAUAAAGAGUUAAAACGGCAGAUGUCUAAUUAUGAUCGUGAUAAGGCAGCGUUAGCUACAAAAACUAAACAACUCGCUUCUUUAGAAGAACAGUUUGAGGUUCUUAAAUGGGAGUACGAGGUUUUACAAGUGAGAUUUGAUCGCGUCUUAGCAGAAAGAGACGAGUUGAAGUCCAGAUUUUCAAGAGCUGUAAUGGAGGUUCAACAGAAAGCAUCUUUGAAAACUGCGCUUUUAGAAGCUAAGCUGAAGAAAAUGGAGGGACGUGAUUUAGGUCCUCGGGAAAUGCACGAUCUUCUUAAAUUAAAAGACACUCAAGUGGAAGAUUUACGUUAUGAAGCAGCGAGACUUCGAAAAGCUCAUGAUAAUCUUUUAGCCACUUAUGAAGCGAAGUUGGCCAAACUGGGAGUGCCUCCUGACGAAUUAGGAUUUAAACCAUUAAAGGCAGUUGCUGUUGCCGGUCUAUCCCCUGUCAUUGGGCAGGGACCCGCCGGUCUAGUCACUAAAGAACCUAUU